GUGCCCUUUAUCACAGUUUUAUGAUGAUUGCUUCAAAACGUCACUGCACACCGUGGAUGUAGUGUGUGGGUAGCUUGCUUCUGCUGCCAUAAUCGACCAUACGUAUUCUCAACCCCAUCGCCCCGCGGAGUAAAGGCAGGCGACUCCUUGUCGCACCCGUUUGCCAGCUGCUAGCCGGCUUUCGAUGUUGGUUUGAAUAUUUAGGACUAGUCAAUUCCUCGGCUCAAAAUGUCGAAUAUGAGCGAUGAGGAGUCUCGGGACAAGCUCCUGAAGACGGUCAAAAAGGAGGUGAAGCAGAUAAUGGAGGAAGCUGUCACAAGGAAGUUUGUUCAUGAGGAAAGCGGAAGCAUCAUCUCUCUUUGUGCUGCUGUGGAUGCAUGCCUGUCUCAGGGACUGAAGCGACGAGCAGUGGGUCUCUUCAAGGGAAACAACUACACCUUCUCACUCCUGAAACAGCUGUCCAAGAACUAUGCACCCGCUCAAGAAGUCCUCCAGAAGGUUCAUGAAAUUGAACUCAGAUUAGAAGCCAACAAGAAACAUUCGAAUGGUGAGAGUCCGAGUAACCACACACCUCAACAGAACAUCAGAACAGCUCUCCAGCAGAGACAUCUCUGGAUAAGGGUCGCACUCUUUGAGAAAUAUCUUGCCAAAAUAUGUGAGAAUGUAUCGCAGACCGGAAGUAAAUACUAUGACAAAGAUUGUCUUAUGGCAGACCCUGUUGAUGGCCCUAUACUUGCAUCCCUUCUUGUCGGACCCUGUGCACUGGACUACUCUAAGAUGAAGACUGCUGACCACUACUGGACAGACCCCCCUGCAGAUGAGCUUGUCCAGAGGCAUCGGAUACACAGCGCUGGACCUGGGGUCACCUCGGGCAACAAUUCACCAAGAAGACCUGGUCUACAGGUCAAGAAAACAGCUACGGGUACGACGCCAGAAGAGCACUGUAGGACACCGGUCUCAGCUAGGGACUAUGUGGAAUCAUUACAUCAGAACUCUAGAAGUACGCUGCUAUAUGGCAAGAACAACGUCUUGGUACAACCUAAAGAAGACAUUGCAUUGAUCCCAGGCUAUCUGUCAUUACAUCAGACGGCUCUCCAUCUCACCAUCAAGUGGACUCCUAACCAGCUCAUGAAUGGAGGAGGAGCGGAGGAGACGGAGACGGAGGGUGAAAAAAGGCGUUCUGAUUCUAUCAUCACGAGAUUAAAGAAUGGAAGAAGGAAACCUAUCUAUUGGGAUUAUGCUGUUAUGGUGAAUGUGGAGGACAUAGUUUACCUUCAUUGUCACCAGCAACCGGACAGCGGGGGCACCCUAGUCCUAGUGGGGCAGGAUGGGGUCCAGUACCCUCCCAUCCACUUCCCCAAGGGAGGCCACCUCCUUGCGUUCCUCACCUGUCUCGAGAACGGUCUCCUACCCCGGGGCCAGCUUGACCCCCCUCUCUGGUCCCAGAGGGGUAAAGGUAAGGUCCUCCCCAAGCUGAGGAGGAAGAGCUCCAAGAGCUCAGGAUUAGGCAUGGCCGCUUCGCAGGAUGGCACCCAGAUCUUUGAGGGGGACGAGGCCACAGACUACGUCUUCAGAAUCAUCACAAGUUUCAGGCCAGAGUUCAUCCCUGAAGAGGCGAGCAUCCUACCCGUCCGCAACGGAGGCAGCCGGCACCACACCGCGUUCCCCUGGUCCGCCCGGGACAUCGGGCCCCGCCACGCCCUAAUCCGACAGCAGGAGGUGGUCCAUAGUCCCACCGGCUCGUCCCCUUCCCCGGUCCCGCUCCCCCCUGCCAUCCCUUACUCACCGGUCUCACCCACCUCGGCCGAGCUGGCGGCCAUCACCAGCAGGUGGGACCAGUAUCAAGGAUCAUCGAUCAGAAUUCUUUGUGAUACGAUGAGACGACAGAUCAUAUCUAGAGCAUUCUAUGGUUGGUUGGCCCAUUGCAGACACCUCCGCACCGUCCGAACCCAUUUGUCUGGCUUGGUUCACCCAGUCAUCAUCUCCAACGAGUUGACAGAGAAGGCCUCUUCGGGGCUGACCUGCGAGAAGUGGGCGGAGCUCUGCACCAUGGAGGAGGAUAUCGAUGAGGGGGAGGUGAUGAGGUUGAUAUAUUUUGGCGGUAUGGACCACGAGAUUAGGAGAGAGGUCUGGCCAUACCUACUGGGUCACUACAAGUUUAACUCAACAGAAGAGGAGCUUAGCGGCGUUGAUGAGGGCGUCAGGUUGAAUUACGAGCAGAUCUUGGCUGAGUGGAUGGCUGUUGAAGCUAUCAUAAGACAAAGAGAUAAGGAUAACCAGCAGGCAAAACUGUCAUCGGAAAAUAGUUCAGAGGGGCAGAUACCACUCACAGGCCAUGAUCCUAGCUUGGACAGCGAGGUGUUCGAGAUCGACGACGAUAACGAUGAGUAUGUUGAGAGCGGAGAGGUGAUCCAGGAGGUAGACCAGGCUGAUCUCACCAAGGAGCAGCAGGACUUUGUGCAGAAGGAGGACUACGUGGUCCUAAGUCGAUGUAGGAGUCCGCGCCAGGACACGUUAGAGACAGAGACUGGGCGGAGCCUUGGUAGCGAGGUCAGCGGAGAUGUGCCAUGCGAGGUCAGUGGAGACGUGCCGUGUGAGGUCAUCACCGGUGGUAAGAUGUCACCUCCCGGCAGUGAUGAAGGAUUUGGAGAUGCAUCCAGUAUCACGGACAGUACAAGCAGACACAGUUCAAGAUUGGCAUCGUCAUCCUACUCAUAUGACUCUAGAGAGGUCAUUCAUGAAGGUCAAAACGGUGACAUCUGCAGCGACGCAGAAGACAUCGAUGUCCUCAAGAAAUCUCACAUCAACGAAGCAGACGAGGAGGGGAGUGGACCUGAGGUCAUCGCUAGGAACGGAGACGGAAAGGCCAUCACCGUCGAGCUUGUCAACGGGAAGUCCCACGACGAUGCGGAGGAGGAUGAGAAGGCAGGAGAGGAAGGAAAGGAGGAUGAGGAGGAAGAGGACGAGGAUGGAGAGGGGACGGUCAGCUCUAGCAGGAGCAGUGCGGAUCCAGUCCUAGGGAUGAAGGGGCUCAACAUACCGGAUUCUUCCUGUCAUCUCAUGGCUGACAUGGCAACCGCAUCACCCGCAUCCUCUAAUGGAGGAGUCUACUCUAAUGAGCUGCUUGAUUCCUUCAGUCUCAACCUGCAUCGCAUUGACAAAGACGUCCAACGCUGCGAUCGUAACUACCACUACUUUACCUCAACAAACCUAGAGAAGCUCCGUAACAUCAUGUGCACAUAUGUGUGGGAGCAUCUAGAAGUGGGCUAUGUCCAGGGCAUGUGUGACCUCGUUGCUCCUCUUCUUGUCAUUCUUGAUGAUGAGGCGAAGUCUUACAGCUGUUUCUGUGAGCUGAUGAAACGCAUGUCAAAGAACUUCCCUCAUGGUGGUGCUAUGGACACGCAUUUUGCAAACAUGAGGUCCCUUAUUCAGAUCUUGGACUGUGAGAUGUUUGAGCUGAUGCAUCAGAACGGUGACUACACUCACUUCUACUUCUGCUAUCGAUGGUUCCUACUAGACUUCAAGAGAGAGUUGGUGUAUGAUGACACGUUUGCUGUAUGGGAGACGAUCUGGGCAGCCAAACACUGUGCUUCAGGUCAGAUGGUCCUCUUCAUAGCCCUAGCCCUGGUGGAGUACUACAGGGAUAUCAUCCUGGAUAACAACAUGGACUUUACUGAUAUCAUCAAGUUUUUCAACGAAAUGGCUGAGCAUCACGAUGCCAAAGCUGUGCUGAAGAUAGCCAGGGAGCUGGUACACCGAGUUCAGAGCCUCAUUGAGAACCAGUGAAUGGAGCUGGAAUAUGCUACAGAGAAAUGAUCACCAGUCUCAGUUCCCACCAUGGUCAUCAUUAGCACUAGCAGCGCCAUCCACCACCACCAAUAGCAGCAGUCUCCUGGAGCCAGGAUGGCAAGGGGUUUGAACCAGCAUUAUGUAUUUUUGUUUUGAUGUUGUCCUCUCCAAACAAACAACCAAAUACUUGUCCAGACAUCCCUGUUGUUGUUUUUGUCCAUGAUGUUUGUUUGUGUCUGUGCUAGUCUGAAAUGCAAAUUGAAAAUGGUAUCAUAGUUGAAUGAAAUUGUAAUCAUUUUUAGUUCUUGGUACUUCUUGGUUCCACCAUACAAAUGGCAACCAAUGCGUAGGGUGGCUAUUGAAUCACAAAUCGGUCAUUUGUUGUAUUGGCCUCUGUUCAUUUGUAAAAUAUUCAUCAACUGUUCCUUUUUUUUUAUCAAGGGAGGCUAAGUAAAAACAGGCAAUGCAAAUUCAUUUGUUAAAGUUCCAUUUAAGGUGUUGUGUUAUUGAAAUGAUAGGAGGGGAUUUAAAAAAAAAUGUUUUUGACAUGUGGUAUAGCAACAGAGUCUGAGUAACAGAGAGAUGCUGCAAAAAAAUACUCCACAUUGAGAUCAGAUCUUCAAGAUGCACAUUAUUAACAAGGCAAGGAAUGAAAGGACCUCUGUUAGUGUUUAUAUGCAGUACUGCAGAGGAGAGUCUUGCAAGAGAGUAUCAGUGAAUAUAAAUUAUUAUAUGUUUAACAAGAUGUGCGGUUUAACAGACCAAAAAUAGGCAUAUUACCUAAAUAGAUCUGAUGCAGGCUGCAAAAGCGGGAAGAGAUAACGAGGGGAAAAAAUAUACACCAUAAUCGUCAACUUGUUGUAUAGCGUUGACCCCGUGAGUAUGAUUGCAUGUAACAUGUGAAAGCAGUUGAUUAUGCUAUAAGAUGUGAUAACAUUCUUCAGCUUGAGAUUUAUUUAUAUUGUGUUUUGAAGUUGUGGCUUUGGAAAAUAACAGAUUCUUUGUUUAUUAUUUAAUUUGAAAUACGGUACUAGUUUCUCAUGUUUAGCAAUUGUGUACAAACUAAUAUGAAAGGGAUAGUGUAAAUUAUUGAAUGCAAUGUAUUCCAUAAUAUAAUUCCACUUGUAUUUCAUUAAGGGCAUGUGCAAUAUGCUUGAGGGCAAUAUAUUCUGUUACUUUCAAGUUAGAGUUUUUAAUGAAACCUGGGUUUGUUUUGUUUUGUUCCAUUUUGUUUGCCAUAUUAAAAUAAAUAAAUAUAUAUAUAUGAAAAUAAACAAAUAAUUAUUAUAACAAAAAUAUAUGACUGACUUGUAUUCAGAGCCAUUAAUGUAAUGGCUCUAUUACAUUUCCAAGAUCAUUUCAUUCCACUUGGUUGACAGUAUGAUCGAAGUGUUUUCUAUUUGGAGCUUUUCAGUGGCAAAGACAUUAGUUAUUGUAAGUAGGGAAAGAUCUAGUCAUCAACACAUUCCUCAUAUGAAUAGAAAAUGAAUGCAUGUGUUUGCCAUACACAUAUUUCAUUCUCACAUGCUCCAAUUUUAUAUAACUUGAAUUGUAAUGAGCAUUUGUAUUUUAAGUGCAGAUUUAAAUGGAAAAUCAAUCAAAUUUUAGUCUUAUUAUUCAGUGAAAGGAGAAAAGCAGUUACAGAGAGAGUAUUGAAAGUGUGCAUCAGCAUAUAGACCGGUUAAGGCUUUAUUAUGCUUGUCAUUUCAGGCUUUGCCCUUGGUCGUUUUGUUUCAAAAUCUCCCACAGUUGAUCAUUAUUAUUAUUAUUUAUUUGACCAAUCAGAAAACAUCCAAUGAGUAUAAUAAUCAGAUAAUAGAUUGAAAUUUCAUCAUACGUGCAAACAGCUUGAGGAAAGUGGAGCGGAGAGAGAAAAGGAUACAAUCUGCUGGUCAGGGGUGACAAAAGCAAUUGAAAUUGCUAUUACUCGAAAGCAUGUCACCCAUCAAAGGUCUUGUGCACUUCAUAGAACCCUGAGUACAUGUAGCUGAGGUGUAUUGGCGAGAUUGAUAUAAACACAGUGCAAACAUUUAGUGCAUUUGAACUCAGAGGGAAUCAGUGGUAAUCGCAGAAUUGUAAGAAUCACGAUAGUUGAAUGCUGUAAUCUAUGCUGCAUUUCAUUUUAUUUUUCUAUUUAUAAAUGCAAUAGACCUGAGUGUGAUCGGUUUCAUUUAUGCUAAAAGGAAUAUUUAAAGAGUUAUUCCAUUCAAAAGUUUGAUUUGAUUACCAACCUUAUAUCUUUACAUUGCUUGUUGAUGUAAUAAGAGACACUCGUGUCCUGUGAAUGAGGGAUACAUUCCUAGUUCUACCAUUCUUUAAAAGUCAAAAAUUCCAUGGAAACAGCUUAAAUAUUCUAGUGUCAGAGUUUAAUUCUCAGAUUGUCAUAACUGUCAUUUAUCCUAAUCUUUUGCAGAACUGUUAAUGUUUUCCAUAUAUAGAUCCCACAUUCCAUAUUUGUAUUCCAAAAUUGUUUUAUUUAUAUUUGCAGUUAUUUUACAAUCACUUGAGGAAAUUAUUUACCUGUAGCAAAAUUUUGAUCUCUUAAAAGUCUUUAAAAAUGUGCAUGGAUACACAUGUGCAUCUCUAUACCCUGAAUUGAUUGUGCAUUUAUUGUCAGUCUGUAUAAACAGAAAACAUGGAUUUUGCACAGAGGUGGCUAAAAAAAAA